AUGAGUUUUACACCACCACCACCACUUGUGUUUGCUGGAGAAAACUACCACAUUUGGGUAGUUAAGAUGAAGACAUACCUUCAAGCACAUGAUUUGUGGAGUGUGAUCGAGAAUGAUGCUGAACCACCUCUAUUGAGGGCCAAUCCAACCAUUGCUCAGAUGAGGCAACAUAGUGAAGAGUGUGCCAAGAAGUAUAAAGCAAUGGCUUGCUUGCAAAAUGGAGUAUUAGAUGUGAUUUUUACUAGGAUAAUGGCAUGUGACUCACCAAAGCAAGCAUGGGAGAAGCUAAAGGAGGAGUUUAUGGGGUCAGUCAAGACAAGGCAACAGCAGUUGAUCAAUCUUAGGAGGGAUUUUGAGAAUCUAAAGAUGAGAGAGUCAGAGACCAUUAAGCAGUACUCUGACAAAAUAAUGACCAUAAUCAACAACAUUAGGCUCAUUGGUGAUGAUUUCAGUGAGAGCAGAGUUGUUGAAAAGGUCAUUACAACUCUUCUAGAGAAGUUUGAGUCAAAGAUUUCUUCAUUGGAGGACUCGAGGGAUUUAUCAGCCAUCUCACUAUCUGAGUUGGUAAAUUCCCUAUAUGCACUUGAGCAAAGAAAGGCCAAUAGGCAGGAAGAGCAUCCUGAAGGAGCUUUCCAAGCAAAGACCAAGAAAGGUUCAGGUUCUAGUCAAAAGGGGAAGAAACCUUGGGUCGAUAGAAGGGAGAAAUCAAGGAGAGAUGCAGGGAAUAAUAGAUUUCCACCAUGCAUUCACUGCAAGAAAACUUCACAUUUGGAGAAGAACUGGCAGCACAGACUGGAUGUUCAGUCAGGGAGCGCAAACAAUUUGGGACAUGUUGAGAGGGUGUGCAAAAACAGAGAGAAGGCACAAGCUCAACAAAAAAUGCAAGCUAAGGCUGCUGAGGAUCUUCAAGCUCAGGAGGAGCAUGUUUUUACAGCCUCCUGUUUUGCAACCUCGAGCAAAGUCAGUUGUGAUUGA